GACCGCUGUGGCGAUAGUUUCGAGCCGCGCGGUUACAGAAUCCCCAUGCAAUAAACUUCCAACAAAGCCCCACAAAAAUCCUGGAAUACGGAGCCAGUCAACCCUCACGUUUCCGCAUCUACUAGGUGCCUCGAGAAAGUCUAUGUAUGGUGCUCGACUGGUCAAGUCUAAAUGGACACUGUACAACACCAUAACUCGUUCGACCUAGUUGCCUACGACACUGCUUUUUGAACUCAGCACAUACUUGAACAGAAAAUAUCUCGUUGGUAUCAUCACUCGGGCCAUCAGAAGAUGUCACCUCAUCUCUGCCUCGUUUGUCGAUCUAUUCCACCCAAAUUGUGGUGUCACUCUUUCAAUCUUAAGGAGAAUAGCAGAGAACUCUGUGUCAAGCUUCAGACUCUUGAGGGUAUGGAAGCAGCCAAAGAAAAUGGCUGCCAGCUCUGCACAAUUCUACUCGACUCCCCCCAGUUCUGUCGAGAGCAAGAGAUAUUUGGUUACAAGCUCUGUGGCAAGAAUGAGAUGCUGCAUUUGCGUAGAUCACUAGCGUUUCCAGAACGGGCUGUCGAGCUGGGUGUUGGGCCCAAGGGAGCGCAAAGCAUCUCCAGGACAUUCUUCUAUCGCAUGCCUGCAGAGUGGUGCCAUCCGGGUCUCUGGGCCAAAGAACUUGAGGUUAAGACCGGCGAUAUACCAGACUCCAAGCCUGUGUCCAUAAACGAAAUUGUUGACAAUGCGGGGCUAAUGAAGAAUUGGCUGCGUAUGUGUAAAGAAGAGCAUGCUGAGUGUUCUAAGCAUCGGUCGUCUUUCCUCCCUACGCGCUUACUAGACGUAUGGGCAUUUGAAAGAAGUGCGGAUGUCAGACUGAUCGCAAGUCAAUCUUUGGUCAGCGACGUGUGCUCUGCACCCACUUAUCUUACGCUUAGCCAUUGCUGGGGCAAGACACAGUUGAUCACUACCACAACAAAGAACAUUGAGUCCAGAAAAGAUCGGAUCUCCUUCAGCGACCUUUCGCAGACCUUCCGCGAUGCCGUUACGUCAACCCGGGAGCUAGGCCAGCGAUAUUUGUGGAUUGAUUCGCUGUGCAUCAUACAAGAUGAUAAAGAAGAUUGGGUUGAAGAAGCCGCCAAGAUGGCAAAGGUGUACGGUAAUGCCUACUGCACACUAGCAGCCCUAAGUUCGGCUGAUGGCCAAGGUGGAUGUCAUCGUGAAGCUUAUGUGCAAAAGUCGAUGAACAACACCUUUUUCGAUCUCCCGAACCCAAGUUGUGCAGCAGAACCGUACAUUCGCAUCUUCUGCAAAGAGCCGACAGACUGGAAAACCGACUACGACGGUACAUUGGGUCGGUCGAACGAGUGUCAAAGUCCCCUCAGAUACCGAGCAUGGGUUCUGCAAGAAAGAGAACUCUCUAGGCGAUCGAUUCACUUCGGCAAGUGUCAGCUCUUGUGGGAAUGUAAGCAAAUGAAGGCAUCUGCGCAGUUGCCCUGGCUUGAGAUGAAGAAAAAGAAGGGGUUGACAUAUCCAGAGGGCUGGCUUCAACUGGUAGAAGAUUACUCGCUUCGUGCGCUCACUAAGUCCGAAGACAAACUACCUGCCCUUUCAGGUGUCGCAGAACAGUACCAGGAGCAUAAGGCGCAAUACAUGGCCGGUCUAUGGAGUAGCCAGUUGCCCGCUGCAUUGAUGUGGCAAUCUACAGAUCCUUACGCCAAGAGACAUGAUGCUUAUAGAGCGCCAAGUUGGUCGUGGGCUUCAAUUGAGGGACGCGUGUCAUAUGACAGCCAACGCCUUGUGCCGCCGUACGAAGAUUAUUCUGACCCUCGUGACAAUCCUCCUAGGAUGUUGAACAGCGCAUACGGGGGUAUUGAGCUUGAACAAGCAGUGGUAAAACCCAACCAUCCCUCUUACAUGUAUGGUGAGAUCAAAGAAGGGGCUUAUAUCGAAUUGAAGAGUGCGUAUCUUUUCGAGAUAGACGUACCUGCUUGGACCCUACUUCUCAAGGAACAAGGACCCAAAAGGGACUCUGAGCCAUUGCUCAAGAAUGGCAGACAGGUUGGCGUCUUCUAUCGUGACACUAUGGACAACGUCAUCGAUGCAAAGACGGCAUUCAUGUUGGUCCUUCAAAACGAGUCAAUAUUCCCACGCACCGAGCAUCCUUUCCAGUUACACCAAUCUAAGGACAUGAUAGACACCGUAAUGGGCAUCGUUAUUGUAGGCGACAGGCAUCAUAAGUAUUCCUUCAUGAGACUCGGUCUUGCUCGCUGGGUGGAUGAAGCAUUGCUGGAGGGAACCAAGCCGUGCAACGUAAGACUUGUAUGAAGCAAAGUUGUAGAGGAGUAAAGAGAACAAACCACUAGCACAUUGGGACGCAAACUCCGCAGACGCAUCGUGAGGUUACUCCGUAUCAUUAUGGCGCAUUGGCU